GGAGGUCCAGGGGGCGCUGCAUGGACAGCAUGCGUUUCGACAGAGGCCCCGGUGCGGGGCCCGCGGGCAACUCCAGCCGGUGGUGGCCGACCACCGGCGGCGCCAACACCACUGCGGAGACGGAGGCGCUCGGGGAAGGCGCGGGGUCCAAGAGGGACGCGCGCAACGAGGAGCUGGCCAAGCUGGAGAUCGCGGUGCUAGCUGUGACGUUCGUGGUGGCCGUGGUGGGCAACAGCAGCGUGUUGCUGGCGCUGCGCCGCACGCCCCGCAAGACGUCCCGCAUGCACCUGUUCAUCCGCCACCUCAGCCUGGCAGACCUGGCCGUGGCUUUCUUCCAGGUGCUGCCGCAGCUGUGCUGGGACAUCACCUACCGCUUCCGGGGCCCCGACGGGCUGUGCCGCGUGGUGAAGCACCUGCAGGUGUUCGUCAUGUUCGUGUCGGCCUACAUGCUGGUGGUCAUGACCGCCGACCGCUACAUCGCCGUGUGCCACCCGAUGAAGACGCUGCAGCAGCCCGCGCGCCGCUCGCGCCUCAUGAUCGCCGCCGCCUGGGCGCUGAGCUUCGUGCUGAGCACGCCGCAGUACUUCGUCUUCUCCGUGGUCGAGGUGGACAACGUCACCAAGGCCCGCGACUGCUGGGCCACCUUCAUCCAGCCCUGGGGCUCCCGCGCCUACGUGACCUGGAUGACCGGCGGCAUCUUCGUGGCCCCGGUGGUCAUCCUGGGCACCUGCUACGGCUUCAUCUGCUACCACAUCUGGCGCAACGUCCGCGGAAAGACGGCGUCGCGCGAGGGCAAGGGCGCGGCGGGCGCGGGCGGCGCCUUCCACAGCGGGCUCCUGCUCGAGCCCUGCGUCAGCAGCGUGAAGACCAUCUCCCGCGCCAAGAUCCGCACGGUGAAGAUGACUUUCGUGAUCGUGACGGCGUACAUCGUCUGCUGGACGCCGUUCUUCAUCGUCCAGAUGUGGUCGGUCUGGGAUGAGAACCUCCCCUGGGUCGAGUCCGAAAACCCUGCCAUCACCAUCACUGCGCUGCUGGCUUCCUUGAAUAGUUGCUGCAACCCCUGGAUAUACAUGUUUUUUAGUGGCCAUCUCCUGCAAGACUGUGUCCAAAGCUUCCUGUGCUGCCAAAACAUGAAGCAAGCAUUCAACAAAGAAGAUUCUGACAGUAUGAGCAGGAGACAGACUUCUUACACUAACAACCGAAGCCCGACAAACAGUCUGGGUCCUUGGAAGGACUCACCUAAAUCUUCCAGGUUCAUCAAAUUUAUCCCUGUUUCAACCUGAACCCCUCAUUCACGCAGCUGACUCUUGGGACAGACUUUCUUGCCCAUUGGCUGAAUCCAGGUAGCAGAAAUGAGAACAAACGAACUAUAUGAGAUAAGCAUAAAUCAGCCUGUUGGGUACAAGACUGUGUUUCUGGUCGCAUUUUCCCAUUGCUAUGACCAAACGCUAUGAAUUGUUUUAUAGAGACUGGUAAUGAAAACAUGCUACACUAAAAUUUCAGGCUUAAUUCCCAGAAAUGUAACAAAUUUCUAAAGGAAAUAUAACAGAUGCUUCUAAAGGAAAAAUCAUAACAAUCCUGACUAUAUAUUUUGUUGUUGGUUUCUUUCCUUUUGCUUUCUUUUCUGAUAUAACUAAGGUUUGAUUGGUUUAGAGGUUAUAUAACGUAGGGGUUUUAUUUCUGAGCAAAGUGAGCUCACCAUCAAUCAGUCUUAGUGCUUGAAAAGAAUUAGAAGAGACUUCAAAGAAAUUGUUUCCAUCCAAUAAAAUCAAUUUAUACAUCAGAAAAUGCAGCCUCAAACGGCGGCCUGGAGAUGGAAUGUUGCCUUGGAGAGGCAUGAGCGUGGGAUGUCUGGUUCAUAGUGGAACGAGGAAAGUUCUGUUAGAAGCUGUAAAUCACCUAAAUCCCAAAACAGGAACUUUGGAACUGGCAGUUCCCUGCCUUAGGUUCCUCAUGUUUUAUUGGUUGUGAAAAGCCAAUGGACUAAGGUGCUGAAGGUGAGAAAAAUGCAUCAACUCACUGAUAAUAUUUUUCUUCUCCCACUGCAAGAUCAUUUUAAAGUCAAAUUUGUAUCAGGAAUAGUCAAUCUUAUUAGAAGAGUAAAAGUGGUCUGCCCAAGGUACUAUGCAGACUUUCUCUCGAACCCUGUAAACAUGUUUUAACCAGUGUCAAACUAUAACACUGGUAUCGGACGGUACCCUUAACAAAGCAGUAUGCUGGUUAUUAACAUGAUCGUUGCUUUAUGUUUGGGGAAUUCAGAUUCAUAGAUAAGAGUCUGCUAAAGAGUGACUUGGGAUAUGCAAUGUCCCUCACAUUUAAUUAAAAAUAACUUGGUCUUUCCUUCGGAUUUCCCACCCAUUUAACAGUGUCAGUAGAAGAGAGACAGGGUUUCGACUGGGAUGCAGAGGGAGAUGGAAAGAAAACUGCUCUGCACCUCAUCUGGCUUUCUCCGUUAUUAAAUGCAUGACUUUAGGCAAAUUACUUCAAAAUACAUAAAGUCUGUAUUUCCUUGGCUGUAUAGUGGAGUUUAUCACACCUCACAGGGUCCUUUUGAGGACUAAAUGAAAUCAAUUGUGUGAAAGACUGUCAUAAAUAAACUGCCAAGUGCUAUACAAAUGCUAGCAGUUGUUUUUAUUAUAGUCUUGGGGCCUUCGGAAUCACUCAGCCUUUUUCUGUUUACUUUUCAUCAACCAGAAUUUGUUGGUUUCGUGUCUGGGAUAUAAAAUCCUAAAGCUUAAAUAUAGCUUCGCUGAUUCACUGGAAAGCACUGCCAGCGGCCCUGAGCCUGGCUUCUGCCUAACUCCAGUUUCCCAGGUUAAAGAUAGAGCUUGCCUUCCUUUGAAUGCAGGUAAAUCAAAGCCAGCUAAGAGCUCCAGUUCCUUUCAUUUGUAAACAUAGAUAAAUCACAACACUAUUUGGCUGUUGUUGCUGUAUUUUUUAUUAAUGGAACUCAGUGGGUUUUUUCAAGCUAUUUUGUCUGGCUCCUAUUCCUUCUGAGAGACCAUGCAAUGAUGUGAGGACACAUCAUAAAUAUUUUGCAGCUCUUAAAGGAAGUAAUAGUAAUUUUAAUAGUAUUGUUGGGGUUUGGGGGGUUGUUGUUUUUUUUAACUCUGUAGAUAAGAACCUGGAACUGUCAACUUCAUUCGUCUUCAUUCUCUUGCCUUUCCAAAUUCUCAGGCCUUUUUACUCCCUGGAUUGAUAUGCCUAAAAAAACUGUUUGCAAAUGUUUUAUAGAGAUUAAGUCCUUAGGUCUUAAAAUUCAGCUUUUCAAAAAUCACAAAUAUAUUUCUUAAAGGGUGCUGUCCAAUGUGAGCCAUAGAUUAAAUUAAUCAAUUCUUUAUUUUUGGAGGCAUGGCCGCCUCUCAGCAACCCUGCCCUCGGUAACAUUGUCAGCCCUUUUGACAACUUCUCUUUGACAUUUCAAAAAAUGAAAGCCUUUGGGAUCGGAACUAAGAUCAGCCCACUUUUUUCUAAAUCUAGUUGCAAAAUAAUAACCUCAUGGCUCUUAUAUAAAUUGUCAAAAUGCAAUACAAUUCAGUGUUAAUCUUAUUUCUAGGAACAUCUGUCGGAUGGGGUGCAUAUCAACCUACCUGGCUGUGUUUUCUCCUUUUGAAUCAUUAGAAGACAAGGUACAGAAAAAAGGGUGGGGGACGCCUGAAGAUCUAGUGCUAGUUCUGCACUAAGCAACUAUAUGGGCUUAUUCUCUGUGGUUUAGGCUGAGAAGCUUAACUUUUAUAGUUGCUAAAUUUUCUUAAUGUUAUGUACCAAGGAAUGACAUUCUUAUGUCCCAAAACAGUAUUCCAAAUUGAAAUAGUUCUGCCUAUUUCAGAAGAAAGGAAAGUGUAGGUGGUAAGGAAAAUGAGUGUUGGGGGGAGAUUUCCCUUUCUUGACCAAUGAGAAGAUCUGAGAGAUUAUGCCAAAUGAAGGCUUGCAGUGAAGAAUAAAGUUUAUUUUAUUUUAUUUUGCAGUCAUCUGUGGGAAGAUCCUGCAAGCACAUAAUAUCAAUGUAUCUAUGUGGGUAUGGGGAAGUGAUUAAUAAAUAACCUGUAGGGAGAGACUGAUAGUAUUAUCUGUUGGGCAUUUGAUAAGCAUUAAUUGAUGAUGAAAGAAACAUUUUAAAGUACAUAAUGUGCUUAAUGGGUUA